AUGUACCAGCCAUGCUUUUAUACAAACAAACCCCCAAUGACACCCCCAACCGACUCACGACAACUUCACCUUCCCAGCAUUCCCAGAAUGCGAAACCCACGUUGCACCUUUAGCGCCGUUGCCGCUCUACACAGGGUCUUUAUCCUCCCCGCCUCGCGGCCUCUCCUCUCCCAAUUCGGCCCCCAGCUCCGGCCCUCUCCGCUCACCAAAUCCACCACCAGCGCCCUAUUCCAGAACCGCGGCUAUGCCUCUGCUCUCCCCCGCGACGAGCAAAUUGCGAAACAGAAUUUCCCCUUCGUACACCUCGUCGAUGAGGCGGGGAAGCUGUCGCCGCCGCAGCGCGUAGCAGAUGUUCUUGCUACGCUAGACCGAAAAACGCAAUCCCUUCACACCGUCGCGCUCCCGCCGCCGCGACUACGCUCGCGCUGGGAAGCUCCGCCCGAGGCGGCUCCGAGCAGCGAAGAGGGGUCAGGGCGCGCAGCUCCCGAGAUCCCAGUAUGCAAGAUCAUCACCAAAGAAGCAGCAGCCAAGCCUACGAAAUCAGUGAAGAAGAAGGCCGCGAACCCGUCUGCGACGGUCAAGACGCUGGAGCUGAACUGGGCGAUCGAUCCGCACGAUUUAGAGCAUCGACUCAAGCGGAUGCGGGAGUUUUUGGAGAAGGGGUAUAGAGUUGAUGUGGUGCUGGUGGGGAAGAGGAAGAAGAGGAAGGCGACGCCGGAGGAGGCGGGGGGGGUGGGGGAGGUGGAGGGGGCGAGGGAGUGGAAAGCUAUGGAGGGGAAUGUGGGGGGGGUGGUGACGGUGUAUCUUGAGGGGAAGGCGAAGAAGGUGGAGGAGUAAGAGGAGGGGGGGCUGUUCCUAUAGGGGUGGGUUGAUGUACGAAAUUGUUGUUAGCGAUGUAUGAGUAUAACUGUAACAUCAUUCCGGCCUUGCCCGUGAAAAUAGCAUUACAAUGUUCUUGUGCGGCCGAAGACACGAGGGGGACGGCGAAUAGGGGCAAAUACUGGCUGGCAAUUGUAAUAUUUGUAUAAGAAUUAAUCAUCGAGUUCCCA